CCAUAUUGUAUUCUUCGUAAAGAUCGGUCACUUGCCUUGUCCUUCGAUUUCACUUCGUAGUAUUUCUAUCUUUCUUCAAAAAGGGAAGUACACAUCACAUGACUUGAAUAUGUGCACGUGGGCAUCCUUCGCUAGAUGGCCUCUCGUCUCGGAACUCAAGUGUCUGCGGUUGUGUUAGGUAUUCUCUUUAUACUACCUGGAAUCGUCAAGACCGUGCGGUUGAACGUCACCUUGUAUCGUGAGAUGCUAAAGACAUUCAAAAAUUUCACUGAAGUCUCUCCUUUACGCCAUUUCGGCAUUCAACCAAAUCCGCAGGUGUACAUGCAGUCAACCGGAGUCUUUGAGCUCAUAUUGGGCACCACCUUAGCGGUGGGUGGGCGUGCCUGCAAAAGGCUGGCCUGUCUCGGCAUCAUGGCUCUUAUGUUGCUCACUAGUUAUUGUCAGCUCCGGCUGAAAGAUUACGAUGCAAUUAUGGUUCCCUGUGGCUACUUCUGUUUGCUCAUGUGGGUAUAUUUGUCGUUGGAAAAAACGGAAUCAUCUCUCCGGCCAAAGGUCGAUUAAUCGUCUCCCAUCCGGCGGCCGAUGCUUUAUUAAGGAGAGGAGGAGAGGCCUCCUCUGUACAGAAGCAGUCAUUCGCGCUGCAUCUUCUCAUCAUUACGUUCCUGGUCACCACCGUUUCGUUCUCACUAUGUGGAUACCCGACUCUGUUAGCUGCCCCCUGGUUAAGAGUUCCGAAUAAAGAUCUUUUUACACACAAGGAGAUGGUUCUCAUAUUUUCCCCUCACCUCCUCACCACCACCACCACAAUGACUAUGCUGCUAC